GGGUAUUGAGUUUCACAGACUUGUUUAUGCUGGGGCUGGAAGCAGCUCAGGGGAUAUCAGGAGAGCUCCGCAGCUGCAGAUCCACCUCCACCAACCCGCUCGGUCGCGAGCUCUUCAGAACUUCCCUGCUCAGAGUGAAUUUGAAUUUGUAGCCAAAAGCCAGGGGGCUGGAGGCUCCUGGCUCCUUCCCCUGCAGAGCUGGGGUCUGCCCCAGGAAUGCCAGGACAGUAUUAAUACCCCGGCUCAGCUUCUGGCGAUGGGCUGCUUAGGACAGAGAGAGUCUUGCUGGCUCUUGUUUGGGUAUUCGGCUAAUAUCUGCUACAACCCUAGGGGGAGACUAUGGGAUGGGCCUGCUAAUCUGCUUGCUCUGGUCCGUUCUGAAGGACUCUGGCUCCCCCCCAGCCCCAGCUGCAGCUCCCUUUAUCCCGACACUGCUACAAUUGCUUGGAUGGGGGAGUCGGUGAGACAGGCCUAUCACUUACCCCAGCAGUGGGGCAUCCUGGCUGCUCCCCGCAGCGAGCCUGGACUCUGAAUGUCAGCAGCAGACCCGGAUUCUGCUGCAGCUGGGUGGAAUGAGCAGCCCCCCGAUGUAUGCGGGUGUCGGGAUAUCUGGCUGCUGGGCCCUUGGGGCUGAAGGCAGCACCAGCGGAGCGGACUCCUUAGACAGACUGUACCCUGCGGUGGGUGCCGCGAGGCCGCCCCGGAAACGGACCACCAGCCAGUGCAAAUCUGAGCCGCCCUUGCUGCGGACAAGCAAAAGGACGAUCUACACAGCUGGGCGGCCGCCAUGGUACAACGAGCAUGGGACGCAGUCCAAAGAGGCCUUUGUCAUCGGCUUGGGAGGAGGCAGUGCUUCUGGAAAGACCACCGUGGCCAGAAUGAUCAUCGAAGCUUUAGAUGUCCCCUGGGUGGUGCUGCUGUCCAUGGACUCUUUCUACAAGGUGCUCACCAAACAGCAGCAGGAGCAGGCGGCCAGCAACGACUUCAACUUCGACCACCCCGACGCCUUCGACUUUGACUUGAUCAUCUCCACCCUGAAGAAACUCAAGCAAGGCAAGAGUGUAACAAUCCCCAUCUACGACUUCACCACCCACAGCCGGAAGAAGGAAUGGAAAACUCUGUACGGCGCCAACGUGAUAAUCUUUGAAGGCAUCAUGGCUUUUGCAGACAAGGAGCUCCUGGAGCUUCUCGACAUGAAGAUAUUUGUCGACACGGACUCGGACAUCCGGCUGGUGCGCCGCCUGCGCAGGGACAUCGGCGAGCGUGGCCGGGACAUCGAGGGGGUCAUCAAGCAGUACAAUAAGUUUGUCAAACCCGCCUUCGACCAGUAUAUCCAGCCCACCAUGCGGCUGGCCGACAUCGUCGUGCCCCGAGGUAGCGGGAACAUGGUGGCCAUUGACCUGAUCGUCCAGCAUGUCCACAGCCAGCUGGAAGAGAGGAAGCUGCGCUGGGAUAUGGCAGCGCUGGCCUCUGCCCACCAGUGCCAUCCCCUUCCUCGGACCCUCAGCGUGCUGAAGAGUACCCCACAAGUGCGCGGCAUGCACACCAUCAUCCGAAACAAGGAGACCAGCAGAGACGAGUUCAUUUUCUACUCCAAGAGGCUGAUGCGGCUGCUGAUUGAGCACGCGCUGUCAUUUCUGCCUUUCCAGAGCUGCACUGUCCAGACCCCUCAGGGAGAGGACUACGAAGGCAGAUCCUACAGUGGGAAGCAGAUCACAGGUGUGUCUAUCCUGAGAGCAGGCGAGACCAUGGAGCCGGCGCUCCGAGCCGUGUGCAAGGACGUCCGAAUCGGCACCAUCCUCAUCCAGACCAACAGCAACACUGGAGAGCCAGAGCUCCACUACCUGAGGUUGCCGAAGGACAUUAGUGAAGAUCACGUGAUCCUGAUGGACUGCACAGUCUCCACAGGAGCGGCGGCCAUGAUGGCCGUGAGAGUGCUGCUGGAUCACGACGUCCCUGAGGACAAAAUCUUCCUUCUUUCUCUACUGAUGGCAGAGAUGGGCGUCCACUCGGUGGCCUAUGCCUUCCCCCAGGUGAAAAUCAUCACAACGGCUGUGGACAAGAAGGUGAACAACCUUUUCCGGAUCAUCCCCGGCAUUGGGAAUUUUGGAGAUCGCUACUUCGGGACCGAUGCCCCCCCCGACUGGAGCGACGACACCCUGGACACUUAGCAAACACCCCCGCCUGCCCUGGGUCAGAAGACGGGACCCCCACCCCGGAGCCGAGGCAGCUUUGCCGCCACUGCACCUUACUCUUCUGUUGUACAUUUCCAAAAAGAUUUCCCCUGGGGCAUAGAUCUUUUUUCAGCUGUUGCGUUUGAAGUCUAGGGCCUAUUUUUUAAAAAGGAAGAAAUACAAAUCCUAGCUGACUGUAUGUGCACAGGCACAUGUCCCACUUUAGAGCGGAGUUAAUUUAUUUUAAUUUAAAUAUUUGCCUAUGUAACUUAUGUGAGAUUUUAUAACAAACAAAAUAAAGAUUUUCUCCAGUUUUCUUGCA